AUGUCCAUGCCGGCCGCUCUCGCGGCCACCUUCGCGUCAUGCGGCCCCGGAGGCGGCCACGGAUGGCCAAGAAACCUCGGGGACGACGACGACGGCGAGUUCCGCGGGCGCGCGCCCCGGCCCGCGGCAGGCGGCGUGGGGGCGGUGGUCCGCGGGUUGUGGGCGUGGAUCGCGAGGGGCAGGAGGAGGAAGGCGGCCGUCAUGAGCCGGAGCGGGUCGUCGGUGAAAGAGCAGCAGUACGGGCACGAGGAGUACGCGCAGAACUUCGACGAGGGCGGCGCGGCGGGGGAGCCCGAGAACCUGUCGCGGUCAUUCUCCGCGCGGUACGCCAGGCAAGCGCCGUGGGACGGGGCUCGCCGUCACCGGCGUGGAUGA